AUGCAUCCACAUCCUCAUCAUAAUCAUCAAGCUGGUUGCGACUUGAUUUGCCUGCAGGAAACUCAUAAAGGAUGGGAAAAGGCUCUAAAUACAUCUCUGAUAAUUUCCACUCAUUUUCCUCAUCAAUAUUGGGAUCAUUCCAAUGUGGAGCAGUGCAAACCGAGUGGAGCUGCUGUGUUGGCUAGGAGUUAUUUGGAUAUUAAGGUAAGUGUUCUGGAGAGUGGUGUAGAGGGUUCUGUCUUUCCUGCCCUGCAUGUUCUUGUGAAGGAUAGGAGGAAUGGCCACUCUUUUCAAGUGUUGAGUGUUCACUUGAGACCACCUCUUGGAUUUGAUGAUAACCAGAGGGCGAAUAUUGAACUGUCAGCUCUGUGGACAACUAGCUCAAUACGUUUGAAGGAGAUGCAGAGCUAUUUGGAACAAGCUCUCAGAUUGAGUUCACUUCCCUUGUUAAUUGUUGGAGAUUUUAAUGAAUCUUUUGAAUCUGGAAGUUGGCUCUCUCCAUCCUAUGCAGAUUUCCUGAUGGAAAAGAAGGUAUGUUAUUUAGAAUUUGAAUUGUCUUUUUCAUUUGAAUAG